CUAACCUAGUACUUACAUGUACCUAACAUACAUACGUAUACCGUACAACAAUGUCGUAAAAAUCUCUGUUGCCGCAAUCAUCGCAACAACAUCCCAAAACUCUGGUCUAAUCAAGAUCAAGACCAAUCUCCCUUUUGACAGAACCCUCAUAGUAUAUUACUUUGAGUCAGUAUUACGGGAUUGUCUGGCAUUAUUGUCACCUAGAGAUGCCUGAAGCGGAUGUUGCCCCCGCGGGGGAUGCUCGUGAAGAGCAAGGUGGACUUCAAGCGACAAUCUACAAGAUCGUUCAGGGCGUUGUCAUAUGGUAUGGUAUGCAGUUCUUGAUGAAACAACUUACUGGUGGUAAUAAGCCGCAAGCUGCUACCAGUAGAGACCCUUCAGGGGCCGUUGUACAAGUUCCCGCCAACACCGCCGAUAUUCCUGCCUACCAGCUUCGCCCACAAACUCUCAACGAGGGUGCUGUCUGGAACCCCAUCCCCCAGCGACUGGCCCCCAUCUGGCCCUCUGACAGCUCCCUCGAUAUCGUUGUUACACUAUCGCCCACCUUCGUCCCCACCAAGAUCUCUACCGUCUCGGAGGAGUAUGUAGCACUCAAUGAAAAAGGCUUCAAGCUUAGCAACUCGAGCGAGAACCGCGUUGUCGAGACUGUAUUUCGCGUGCCGGGUUCUGUUCAGAAGAAUGGGACACUCUGGGGACACUUCUACAUUGGACUUUCGGGUGCCAAUCUGGACCCUAAGGAGCCAGGCUUUGACCCGGCCACGGCUUUCCACUUCGCAUAUCCUCUAACGCAAUAUAUCCCAAAGAAGAAGGAAUCAAAAACUCGCAAUCUGUUGGAGGAUAAGGUUGAAGUGGAAGAGGUAGAGCCCGAAGUCCCGAGUACAGGACCGAUCAUCGCAAACUAUUAUCAUCCCAAUACUAGUUUGUCUUUCGUCCCUGAUACCGGUAUCUUCAACUUCCCUCAAACUCACCCGGCCGUUCGACAGUUCAUUCACGUAGAGUCCACUGGUGCUCGCGAUGGUUCUGGUCAGAACUCUUGGUACUACCCGGUCUUGUUUAUCAACACGUUUUGGCAAAUGAAGAGUCACAUGAUGCUUCUUAAUGAAACGGUUGAGACUCUCCCGCUGCGCCUUGAUCUAGGCAACAUGAAAAACUGGAAGUUCAACAUCAUUUCUUCGGUUGAUUUCAACUCCAAGCAACAAGCAAUUCAAGCCGCCUACGGCGGUCCCAUCGCAGGCGGGGGUGAUGGUAGUGAGAUGGAAAUCAUCAAGGAAAUGUUCUUAGACACGAACCCUUACCUUCUGGGUGUGACAUUCGUGGUGAGUAUUGCGCAUCUUUUGCUGGAAAUGCUGGCCUUUGGUUCCGAUAUUGCCCAUUAUCGCAAGAAGAAGGACAAUGUUGGUAUUUCAGUGCGCUCGAUCCUGGCCAGCGUUUUCAUGCAAGCGGUUAUCCUCCUUUACCUCAUCGACAACUCUCAAAACACGAGUUGGAUGAUUCUUGGCUCCCAGGGCGUUGGUAUCCUUAUCGAGUUUUGGAAGAUUACCACGAUCGUCAACGUCAGAGUGCGACCGGCUCCACCCGGGUCUCUCAUUCCGUAUCGAAUUGCGUUUGAAGACAAGUACAAGCUCAGCGAGACGGAGGAAAAGACCAAGGAAUAUGAUGAGAUCGCAUUCAAGUACAUGUACAUGGCGGGUGUCCCUCUCAUUAUUGGCUAUGCCAUUUGGUCUUUGGUUUAUGAGUCACACAAGUCGUGGUACUCGUACAUUCUCGCGACUCUGGUUGGUUCGGUAUACGCGUAUGGGUUCCUGAUGAUGGUGCCUUCGCUUUAUAUCAACUACCGUCUCAAGAGCGUUGCUCACAUGCCAGGAAAAGCCAUGGUGUACAAGUUCUUGAAUACGUUCAUCGACGACCUUUUCGCCUUCACCAUCAAGAUGCCGUUCUUGUAUCGAAUGGCUACGUUCCGAGACGACAUCAUCUUUUUCAUUUACCUGUAUCAGCGUUGGGCGUACAGAAUUGACUACACCCGAGUCAACGAGUAUGGUCAAGGCGGUGAUGAUGAGACGGAAGAAAUCAAGACAGAAGACUCCAAGUCGAUACCGAAGGUUGAUGCUACUACGACAAAGAAGAUUGGCGGUGCUGCAAAGUCCAGUGGCGCCGACACGGGGGCGGCAAAGAAGAGGAAGUAGUACGAAGACUUAGGUAUAUAGUAGAUGAGCAUGAUGGGUUCCUGCCUACUUGUAUAGCUGGUAGGUAUUAUAGGUAUCUGCCUAGUCAGACUCUAGAUAUAUAGACUCUAAGGUAAUCAGUAGUUGAGUUAGGUAUAAUAAUACGAGGUUGCUUGAGCAGCCCUGACGUUCAGUCCCAUGGGAGAUUUAUAUAACCUAGUCUGUCCCCUAUCUGAUCUGGACCCCAAGGAGGUGUCCUAUUGGCAGAAACUACUAAAAUUGUAAUGUCGCCAGUCAUUGGAUAAUUUACUGUUUAACUAAUUACUACCUAAGUAGUUACAUGUAUGUACAAUUUGUACAACAAACCUUCAGCUGAGGAUCCCCUUUAAAUAUUGUGGUCUUGGCAGAGGGAUAUUGUCUUCCAC